AUGAUCCCCAAUAUCUACUCCAAGGGCCUUUCGGGCCUGACACUGCAGCAGAACAUGCAGCUGUGCGCGGGGCAGAAUUACUCGGUCCUGAUGGACUAUCGCUUCAAGGAGGUCGACCCGGAUAACAACUGCAGGUUGACCAUCACGUAUCCUUUCUAUGGCGGGGUCACGGGCAGCGUCGAGACCGGGAGCAGUGUCGUCCAGCCUGGGCAAUGGUAUACCACGGCGAGCUUUUUCCCCGGCUUACCCGAGACGGAGGUGGGGAGUCGCUUGUUUGGGGUUAACUUCUUCUGUCGCUAUGGGGUCCGGAACGAGAUCAGCGUGGAUAAUGUCAGGAUUGAGAGGUUUGAUGGGAAUGUUUCCUGA